UCAGCGGCCUCUUGGCAAGCUUUACACAUUCCAAUCUUGCGACGCCGCCCUGACGCGCUCGGUAACGUAAACACGGACAGAAGCGAGAGAAACACCGAGAGCCCAAGUGACACAUAACAUCUAUCGCAUUCCCGCGGACCGGGCGGUGUGUCAGGAUUCAGCCCGAGAGUUGGGGGUCCGGUUACCAUCGCUCUAAAAUUAGGGUUGCUUUGGGGCUGACGCAAGAUAACUGGGGAUGGAACCCUCUGUGGCAGCGGGGAACGAGGAUCCAUGGAAACGCGCCCUGCACAUUUACUGCUGUUGAUGACAAAGUGUAUUUUUAGACUGUGUUGUCAUCGUUUGGUAACAACGAGGCCCAAGGCGCAUUGUAUAAAGGGAGGACUUUGAAAAUGCACUUGUACAGCAGCGCGUUAACACACUACCCCGGCUCCUCGCGAAAAGUUUCUGUAACUCUCUCUAGUGUCGCGAAUAACUCAACAGCGACAAGUUCGAGUUCGUUGGAGGCGGACGGGAACACCGUUAACGAAAGAGCCACAGAAGCGCACAGAGGGGAACAGACUGAAGCGAAGAUGCCUGCUUUUACAUGUUAUGAGGCCACCUCGAUGAGGCCGGUUUUUUAUACCUCGACUGCCGAGAUUAUCAUCACACGACCCGAUGGUGUGGAGAGAUCGGUGCCCAUUCAUAUCGUGAAGGAGCCACGUACGAACCGUAGACCACUGGAAACACACUACCACCGAGUUUCUUAUGAAGCCAAUGGAGAUGAUAAUCCUCAUUCGGAUUCCAGCUUUGAUUUAGAUUGCACAGGGGACGUUUUUGAGGACAAUGAGGAGACAAGUGAGAAAAAAUCUCUAAACUUUGAUAGGUUUUUUGACAAAGACAAUUAUAGAGUUUGUGAGAAGAGGGUGAAAUCUUCUGUCCAAAACGAUUCUACAAACCCCAGGAUUUUUGGAACCGUACAGAGACUCUCAUCUGAAGGUAUGUUGCCCCUCAAAGACCAACCUCACAAGAAAAGGCCAGAAAUUAACAAGGAUGACAGUGACCCUGCAGAGGAGCCGGUCUUUGAGCUGCGUAUCCUUCAGGAGCCCACUGUAACACCCAGCAAAAGUGACAUUGACAACAAGGUGACCCGUUACUUGGCCGAAGUAGAGAAACAAAACAAAUACCUCCAUGACAAGCAGAAAUACCGCUUUCACAUCAUCCCAGAUGGGAACUGCCUGUACCGCGCUGUUUCCAAGGCUGCUUAUUUGGACCAGUCAAUGCACAAGGAGCUGAGAGAGCAAACCAUCCAUCACAUCGCCGACCACCUGGAUGAGUUCAACCCCAUCAUCGAAGGGGAUAUUGGGGAGUUUCUGAUCAAUGCAGCACAGGAUGGCGCAUGGGCUGGCUAUCCAGAGCUUUUGGCCAUGAGUCAGAUGCUGAAUGUGAAUAUUUACCUAACCACUGGGGGUAGUGUGGAAAGCCCAACUGUAUCAACCAUGGUGCACUAUUUAGGAGAAGAGGACUUGUCUAAACCAUCUGUAUGGUUGAGCUGGCUCAGUAAUGGUCAUUAUGAUGUGCUGCUGGACAGCUGCCAGCCCAACCCGGAGUAUGACGACUGGUGCCGUCACACCCAGGUUCUGCGCAAAAGAGAUGAGGAGUUGGCCAAGUCCAUGGCGGCAUCCCUAUCCAAAAUGUACAUUGAACAGAAUGACCAGCACUGAAAUUGGAGAAUGUACCCGGGAAUACUACAUCUCAUUCUGAUGUUUCCAAAUGGAUUGCACUUUGAUUCCUUGUGUGAUGAACAAUUGCCUUAAUUUAUUACAUUUCUUUCAUUGUGUGUGUUGAUUUGUCCAUAAAUGUGUUGAUGUGCUGUGCACAAGAUGAUAUGUUGUGUUAUUUGUAAAUAAAUAAGGAUUGUGUGGGUCUGAGUGAAUGUUUUUUUUUUUAGCCUUGACUGCACAUUUGUCUAUGGAAUUUUAAGUCUGAUGAAUUUUUUUUGGAUGUUUUACUUAGGACUCUUUCUUCACCAAGCCGGAAUGUGUAACACUUGAGCAAAUAUUGCCACCAACUCUUGUUGUUAUUUGUGUGUUUUUCCUCCCGUAGUUCUUAACCUGCACUGUUGUGUUGUACUAAAUGGAGAAUCUCUCAUUUUCAAGUGGCUAAAGUCUAUUUUGCAAAAGAUGUAUUUUGGAAUAAAAUCUUUGA